AUGUCAGCAGCAACGCUGCAAGGACCAGUAUUAUCUUGGGCAUCAAACCACUAUAAACAUCAUACCUAUACUGAUAAAGAUUUAGAUCCUCACAGCCCAUUAAAAUUUAAUAAUAAGAUUUUAGGUUUUUUAUGGUCACAUAUUGGUUGGAUGAUAAUCGGCGGUAGCUAUAAAUCAAUUGAUCGUAUUACUAUGGUCAAACUUGGAAAAAGCAAAAUAUUAAAAUGGCAGUUAAAAUAUUAUUGGGAAAUUGCUCUAUUUAUGAAUAGUAUUUUUCCUAUGAUGAUUGGUUAUCUAAUCAAGGGAACCCUUACUGCGGCAUAUGCAGGUUUUUUAUUUAUUUCUAUAGGUAGAGCACUCCAACAACAUGCAACUUUUUGCGUGAAUUCGUUAUGUCACUUCAUUGGAAGUAAAAAAUAUUAUAAAGGUACCGCAGGUGACAUUUGGUGGAUGGCUUUAUUUUUAUUAGGGGAAAAUUGGCAUAAUUUCCAUCAUGCUUUUCCUUCAGACUACCGUAAUGGGGUUAAAUGGUAUCAUUUUGAUGUACAUAAAUGGAUAAUAUACAUAAUGAGCAGAAUGGGGUUAGCUUGGAACUUAGAACGCACAGACGAAGUCCGAAUACACGCAAAAAUGCAUGAAGUGAGCUUUAGUCUUAUAGAAGGACGUAAACAGCAAUUAGGGUUACUCCAAAGUAAAGUUGAACAAUUAGUAGAACAUAUACGGAUGAAGCUUCAAGAACUUGAAAAUUCUUCUAUAUCUAUAAAAGAACAAUUCAAUAAAUCUUUCGUAGAAAUUCAGGAAUCCCUUAAAAAACUUACAGAACAAUUACAUUCAUCAAUACAAUUAACUGAAAAAUCGUCCGACCAAUUACUUAAGAUCGCUACUAAGAAAAUUAAAGGAAGUGAAGAAACAAUUUAUCAAUUAUAUAAUAAACUCGAUAAACAACAAUAUCUUAGUAAUUAA